GCAAAACAAUAGGUUAUUUACAUAAAGUGUGUGAGAAAGUUCAUUACAAGAAUGUAAACAUCAGAAAACUUAGAAAAUUUUAAAAAAUCAAGGUGACAGUAGGAGAUAUAAGACCUGUUUUGUAAGAGAGUUUGUAUAUUUUCUUUCAGAACACAGUGGUGGACAAAGUUAUUAGUUUCAAUGACUGUGUGAAUUGAAGGGGAUUAGGUGAAGAGUGAUGCACAAUCCUGUAAUUAAUGGCUGUUGAUGUAUAAUCACAAGGGGGCAGUGUUAAGAUUACAUACACAUCUUCAAUUUAUGACUGACCUUGCUUAUGAAUACAUAACCCUUGUCAUGACAAAAUGCUUGUUGAUCACUUUUUGCUGUUUUUACUUAUUUUUAAAUGAGUGCAGAGAUACAGAAGAAUUCCCUUUCAGAUCAUCAGUUCUCAUGAUGUUACUGCUGCUGCAUUUGGGUCUCUGCUGCUGAUGUGGUUUGAUUAGCUGGAGUGUGGAGGUCCAGGUCCUGUUUCUCCUGGCACCUGUGGUCUGCUGUAUAGAUCCUCUCCCCCAUGAACUUUCGGAAGGGCUUAGCAGCUUCCUGUCUUGCAUAGCUCCCAAAGUGCACUGGGAUGUGUAGGACUGCAGCUGGCUGGACUUUAUUUAGAGCUAGGUUAACCACAGGUGCAUCUGCUCUGAUUUCAUUUUAGAUGUGCCCUUCUUGAGCUUUGUGGAAGCAUUCUCAGCACUGUGCAUAUUCAGUUGCUUCAGAAGUUACUUGGGUAGAACUCCCUUUCUUUUAAAAGCAAUAAAAGCCUUGCUAACUUGUGACAUCUCCAUCUCUCCAAAUAUUUAGAUAUAGUACAGAUGAUGAAAUGUGUGUGUAUGCUUAGAAGCUCAAAACUUAGGUUACAUUUUCUGUACUGAUCAUGUCUGGAGAGGAAUUACCCUACUGUACAUGCAGUUCUGGAAAACUGUAACUCAGAGCAGGGAUCUAUGGGAAAGAACAAAGAAAAGCCAGGUUUGACGAUUAGCUUGUAAAUUAAGGCACAGCACUUGUACAGCUCCACCUAUAGUAAGACAUGCUUAAACAAAUCUGAGUGUUUUCCAGGACUUUUUUUUUUCCCCCAUGGAAGAAAGCAGAAAGGAUUUGGAGUAUGACAUGAGGUCUUGGCCCGUGGGCAGCUCUUUAGCAAUCCCAACGGGAAUCUCACACCAAAAGGCACCAUGAUUAUGAUGACUGAUGUCACUGCAGCCCCCAGACUGGGGUCAGCUGCCACCACUCCAGCUGUGGCUCCUAACUUCUCCUGGAUGCCAGAGGAUGGCAGCCCCACGGCUGUGGAGCAGCCAAUAUUCCUCAUGACCACUGCUGCUCAGGCUAUCUCAGGUUUCUUUGUAUGGACAGCUUUGCUCAUCACCUGCCAUCAGAUCUACAUGCAUCUCCGCUGCUAUAGCUGCCCAAACGAACAGCGCUACAUCGUUCGGAUCCUCUUCAUCGUGCCCAUUUAUGCUUUUGACUCAUGGCUCAGUCUCCUGUUCUUCACCAAUGACCAGUACUAUGUUUACUUUGGCACAGUGCGGGACUGCUAUGAAGCCUUUGUAAUAUACAACUUUCUCAGCCUCUGCUAUGAGUACUUGGGAGGGGAAAGCUCCAUCAUGUCUGAGAUCAGAGGGAAACCAAUUGAGUCCAGCUGUGUGUAUGGGACUUGCUGCCUGUGGGGAAAGACAUAUUCAAUUGGAUUCCUGAGAUUCUGCAAACAGGCUACCCUGCAGUUCUGUGUGGUGAAGCCCCUCAUGGCCAUCAGCACAGUCAUCCUUCAGGCCUUCGGCAAGUACCAGGAUGGUGACUUUGAUGUAACCAGUGGCUACCUCUAUGUGACGAUCAUCUACAACAUCUCUGUCAGCCUGGCACUGUAUGCCCUCUUCCUUUUCUACUUCGCCACACGUGAGCUGCUCAGUCCCUAUAGCCCAGUCCUCAAGUUCUUCAUGGUGAAGUCUGUCAUCUUCCUGUCCUUCUGGCAAGGGAUGCUGUUGGCCAUCUUGGAAAAGUGUGGUGCCAUCCCCAAAAUCCACUCUGCUAAUGUGUCUGUGGGUGAAGGCACAGUAGCUGCUGGCUACCAAGACUUCAUCAUUUGUGUGGAGAUGUUCUUUGCAGCCAUUGCCCUGCGCCACGCCUUCACAUACAAGGUGUAUGUGGACAAGAGGAUUGAUGCCCAAGCUGUUCCAUCAUAUGGGCCAUACGGUCGCUGUGCUCCCAUGAAGAGUAUCUCCAGCAGCCUCAAGGAGACCAUGAAUCCCCAUGACAUUGUCCAAGAUGCGAUCCACAACUUCUCUCCAGCCUACCAGCAGUACACCCAGCAGUCGACACUGGAGCACGGUCCCCCCUGGCGCAAUGGCAGCCACGUGAUCUCGCGCUCCCACAGCUGCUCCGGUGCCCGUGACAACGAGAAGACCCUCUUGCUGAGCUCUGAUGAUGAAUUCUAGGAGGGCAAACUGCCAGCACAGGCUGUCAUUUUCCUUUUUUUUUUUUUUUUUUUUUAAUUUAUUAAUGCAGAAACACACAAGUCAUAUCGCUUCCUAGAGAGUAAAGAUUGCAGAAGUGGGCACUUCCCAUUAGCUUUUGUGGGUACGGACACAAUGAGCAGUGCGGAGGUGGCAGAAUGGCCAGGACUCCAUUGCUCGAGCCCAUUCCUUAUGGCAGCAAUCAAAUUGAAUGAUUCAAGCAAAGCUCCAGGGUUUGGGGCUCUGGCUUCCCACACCCCCUCAGCUUGGUGUGGAGUGUGACUGACUGGAGCCGAGAGUUGUAGCCAAAAAUGUUUUUGGGUUUUUUUUCUAACAGGACAACCUGACUGCUUUCUAUUUCUUUUCCUGAAUGGUUGAUGUAGGCACAGUUUUCUCCCCAGCUCGCUGGUACUAACAUUUCUGUGAUCCUUGGGAAAUAGGAUGGGGAUGCAGCCAUAAGUAUUCCUGAGGACCAGACCAGAGACUGGUCUUUCUAAAUAGCCAUUGCCCUGAGUGCUAAGUAAGGAACAUCUGUCCCCACCCUUCUGAGCACCUGGUUAUGAGUCCUGGAGUCACUUGAGGGAGUGAAGGGGAAAAGGACAGGGCUUUCUGCGUGUUCCUUGGCUCCCUGCGUCCCAAGUUGCUAUAAAAGCUUGUUAAAGCUCAGUGGGGAUGGAAUUAUAUUUUCACAAGGGUGGAGUUUUUUAAUCACCAGGUGUCCAAGCUUCCCAUCUCCCUGCGUUCCUGUGGCAGGAAGCCUCCCUGGAGCAUCUUUCUCCUGCUAACAAGACUGAGGACUGGCUAUGAUAGAUGGUGGAAGUUUGUAGAGCUCUGGCCCCUUCAUCCCUCUUGGGGAAGGGAAGAUAUGUAAACAUAAAACCAGUUUUUCUUCUUGUUUCCUGUCCCCCAGCAUCACAUCUGCCCCUGUUAGAGGUAGGUGCCAGAGCAGGUCCUGGUCUCUCACAGGUGGCUCUCCCCAUGCCCAUUAUCACUGACUUCCCCUGAGCUACACAAGUUUCACCCUUAGGCUGGAAUAUUCAGGAAGGAAUGUUGCACACCCCUUUGUUUUUUAUCUCUGUAGCUGUUCUGGGUUCAGACUGGAGCAGACUUGAAACCUGACAUGACCUGACUGGUCAAAUUUGUCUCUUUUAUUCUCUCAGGCAGCAAUUGCUGCUGCUGCUGCUGCUGCUGCUGCACAUUUCACAGGCUCUGCUGCACCUGCAGUGCUAUCAAGGGUGGAAGCAGCAUCCAUGGAAGUGGGAGAAGCUUCCCCUUGCUUCUGUUGGGUUUUGGAUGAACCCAUGAGUACUUAGCGGAGCCAAAACAAAAGUGAUCCCUCUGUAGAUCUAUCCAGGGACCAGAAAAUGCCUCUUGCUUGCUUAAAAUUAUCUGGGAGAAAAGUAAGCAGCACACUCAAGUGCUACAGCUCAGAUGCUCCUACCUGCAAGCAGGAAGCAAAAUUGAGGGAUUGGAGCAAGCUGCUGUGUUCAGCUGUAGUUUCUCCAUUCCUCUCCUGCUUUACACCUCCCCUGCCGAGAGCAGACCUGUGUGAUUCUGGAUUGCUCCUUGCUGUCCUGCUAGGAGAACUGGAGUCUGGUUUGCUGCCUGGAGUUUACCUUUCUAUUUGUUUCCUAAUCCAUCUGCUUGUUCAUUGAGUGUCUCAGAAGCAGCAGUGAGUGAAGAGCACCUCAUUUAUUCAGCACCUCUGCCCAAGCUGGGCAGAAGGGCUUGAAGAGAGGCAGGUUUGCUCCCUGCUGUGAGGAUGAGACAGGGACAAGCUUAAGGAUAGUGCCUCCUCCUGUACUGUUGUUUCUGGGGGAUGGUGAAGCUGGUGAGAUCAACAGAACUGUUGAGGGAGCUGGAGGCAAGGUCAGUGGAUCCAGCAGUUUCUUUGCUACUGGAUUUCCCCAUUCACACACAUCCUGCAAUGCCAUGCUGUUGGUUACUAAUUUUCAUAAAUUUGUGACUGCUUAAUUAGACAUGCAAACACACUCUGACAGGCUUUGUGUGGGCUCGGUAUAAAACUUCCUCAUGCAUAAGGCACCUGGAAAUCAGGGCUGAAGGUUGAACAGACUUUACUUCUGUUAUCUAUGGCUUUGAUCAAUAUUCCUUUAAUGUGAGAUUCUGAUGUUCCUCUCUCUUUUAGGAAAGUGGGGCACAGGACAUGUUCCCAUCAUCCCCUUUCUUUGCAUUUGCAGGUCUUGAUGAUGUCCCAGUAUCACUUAGUGACUGCCCCCAGUCUUUGUUGCAUUUGGCUGGCUGAAAUCUGUGUGAUUGCCCCACUGAGCAUGAAGGUGGUCCAGGCUUAGAGAAGCAUGUCCUAGAACUUAAUUUGAAAUGUCUCCUGUAUACAUAUAUAUGUGUCUAUAUAUAUGCACUAUGGAGAGGAUCUGGAUAUUCUCAAAGCAUCCUGUGUAAUGGUUUCAAGUAUAACUCUCUUGCACCAGCUGCCUUCAGAGGAGCCUGUUGAGCUAGUACCCAACAAGCCAGCUGCCCUACUUUAUAAUUUUAUAUAUAUAUGUUUUUUAACACCACAUAAAAUCAUCCAGUACUGAGCUUCCUGCUCUUCCUCAUGACCGGCAAAUGCCAGAGCAAGCCCUGGCUCUGAAGCCACUUUGUGUUGGAGGAACAAAUAUGAGAUCCAGAGCUUGAGACCAAGAAGGCCAAGGCAUCCAUGGUCUCGUUGGUCUGCUCAUGGUAGCCCAGGACCCAGGAAAUGUGCCAGUUCCAGGAGUAGACCCUUGGAGCUGCUCUCCCUCACCUGCUUCCGCUUCCCUUCCUUCCUUCCUUUUUUGUUUACCAUGUAACAUACCCACGGGAUUUGUUUAUUAUUUUUCCAUAUAGAGUAGUUCUUUGUAUAUAAAUGACUGAAAAAAAAGUAUGAUAAAUAAGACAGAGUCACCUAGUUUUGUACCUAUUGUGUUUAACUGAUGUGAGCUCAGCGACAAGCCGCUCUCUAUUUUGGUCUUUGUGACGUUAUACUCCACAGAAAUGAGCAAAUAUGAUGACAAAUAAAAAAUAUAGAGAUAAUAUAGAUUGUA